AUGCUUUCCUUCCAAGGGUUAGCGGAGUUGGCUCAUCGUGAGUAUCAGGCAGGAGACUUUGAAGCAGCAGAGAGACACUGCAUGCAGCUUUGGAGACAAGAGCCUGACAAUACUGGUGUGCUUUUGUUACUGUCGUCCAUUCACUUCCAGUGUCGCAGGUUGGACAGGUCUGCUCACUUCAGUACUUUGGCUAUUAAACAGAAUCCACUGUUGGCUGAAGCUUACUCAAAUCUAGGCAAUGUGUACAAGGAGCGUGGACAGCUCCAAGAAGCCAUUGAACAUUAUAGACAUGCGCUACGCCUCAAGCCAGAUUUCAUCGAUGGAUAUAUUAAUUUGGCUGCUGCCCUGGUAGCUGCAGGUGAUAUGGAAGGAGCAGUACAGGCAUAUGUGUCUGCCCUUCAGUACAACCCUGACUUGUACUGUGUUCGUAGUGACCUGGGGAACCUGCUGAAAGCCCUGGGUCGCUUGGAAGAAGCCAAGGCCUGUUACUUAAAAGCAAUUGAGACUCAACCAAACUUUGCAGUGGCUUGGAGUAAUCUUGGCUGUGUUUUCAAUGCCCAAGGAGAAAUUUGGCUUGCAAUUCACCACUUUGAAAAGGCUGUAACACUUGACCCAAAUUUUUUGGAUGCUUACAUCAAUCUUGGAAAUGUCCUGAAGGAGGCAAGGAUAUUUGACAGAGCUGUAGCAGCUUAUCUACGAGCCUUGAGUUUGAGUCCAAAUCACGCAGUUGUUCAUGGCAACCUUGCUUGUGUGUAUUAUGAGCAAGGACUAAUAGACCUAGCAAUAGACACCUACAGGAGGGCUAUUGAACUACAACCCCACUUUCCUGACGCCUAUUGUAACUUGGCCAACGCCUUGAAGGAGAAAGGCAGUGUGGUAGAAGCAGAAGAAUGCUACAAUACAGCUCUUCGACUUUGCCCCACGCAUGCAGAUUCUCUCAACAAUCUAGCAAACAUCAAGCGAGAGCAGGGGAACAUCGAGGAAGCCGUGCGCCUUUAUCGGAAGGCUCUUGAGGUGUUUCCAGAGUUUGCUGCGGCACAUUCAAAUUUAGCAAGUGUUCUGCAACAGCAAGGAAAGUUACAGGAAGCUCUGAUGCAUUACAAAGAGGCUAUCAGAAUCAGCCCCACAUUUGCAGAUGCUUAUUCUAAUAUGGGAAAUACUUUGAAGGAGAUGCAGGAUGUUCAAGGAGCUCUACAGUGCUACACUCGUGCCAUUCAGAUAAACCCAGCUUUUGCUGAUGCCCACAGCAACUUGGCCUCUAUUCACAAGGAUUCAGGGAAUAUACCAGAAGCCAUUGCCUCUUACCGCACUGCUCUGAAACUGAAACCGGAUUUCCCAGAUGCCUAUUGCAAUCUAGCCCACUGUUUGCAGAUUGUCUGUGACUGGACAGACUAUGAUGAAAGAAUGAAGAAGCUGGUUAGCAUUGUAGCUGAUCAGCUGGAGAAGAACAGACUGCCUUCUGUCCACCCACAUCAUAGCAUGCUGUAUCCCCUUUCUCACAGUUUUAGGAAGGCUAUUGCUGAGAGACAUGGAAACCUGUGUUUGGACAAGGUAGGAAGUUUUAUACAUGCCAGUU